UCUAGUUUGAUAUAAGCGAUCUAACGACAUUAUUGCAUCUCUUGCUACGAGUGGCAACAGUGCUUAUCGGCUAUCAUGUUUACCCUACUCUUGAAACGCGAGAGAAAAAUGUGUCAUAUUUUCCUCACGUGCCCUGGCUGAUAUUGAUAGGAGCGAUACGGGCUGAUGGCAGGCCAUAGUCCGCCGAUCCACGUUGUAAUGGUCCCCCAAGUUUUGCUCUGGUGUCAGUCAGCUGUUGGCAGCCAUGUUGCGCCGCAGAUUGUUCAGUUUCAGCGGCGUGGGGUUGAUCACCGUCAACGGGAGGGCUGCGGCCGUCACUUUUAGGCCGGCUAGAUCGUUCGUGCAGGGCGUUAGGAAUGCUUCCACUAAGCCUAAACCGGUGACUGGCAUCGAUAAGAAGAGCUUUAUCGACAGGAGGCCUAGUACGUUCACCGAUAGGAGUCAACUCAAGCUAGCUAGAAGGCUAGUCGUUAAACUAGGAAGUGCUGUGAUCACAAGAGAAGAUGAAUACGGUUUAGCUUUAGGUAGAUUGGCAUCGAUUGUAGAACAGGUAGCAGAAUGUCAGCUGGAAGGCAGAGAGUGUAUCAUGGUAACCAGCGGUGCCGUGGCUUUCGGCAAACAGAAACUGACUCAAGAACUGCUCAUGUCGCUUUCGAUGAGAGAAACGCUCUCACCUACAGACCAUACCAGAGAGGAAGCCCCAACUUUGGUGGAACCCAGAGCUGCAGCGGCCGUAGGCCAAUCAGGACUAAUGUCACUAUACGACGCCAUGUUCUCGCAAUAUGGCGUCAAAAUCGCUCAGGUUUUGGUCACCAAAGCUGACUUUUACAAUGAAGAAACAAGGAGGAAUCUGAUCAGUACAUUGUCCGAAUUGAUCUCCUUGAACAUCGUACCUAUCAUCAACACCAAUGACGCUGUAUCGCCGCCACCCCAGAUCGACGAACCUAUUGGAGGUAAGGGAGGAAAAAAAGGCAUAUCGCUAAAGGACAACGACAGCUUGGCAGCCAUGUUGGCCGCCGAAGUCCAAUCGGACUUGCUGAUUCUGAUGUCAGACGUCGACGGGAUUUACAACAAACCACCGUGGGAACAAGGCGCGAAGUUCUUGCAUACAUUCACUUCGGAUCAAAGGAAUACCAUCGAGUAUGGAAAGAAAUCGAAAGUCGGUACGGGAGGCAUGGAUUCAAAGGUAAAUGCAGCUUGUUGGGCAUUGGACAGAGGCGUAACUGUGGUAAUUUGCAACGGCAUGUUGGACAAGGCUAUUAAGACGAUUUUGGGGGGAAGAAAAGUCGGUACUUUCUUCACCGAAUCGACCGCUGGCGGAACUCCCACUGAAGUCAUAGCGGAAAAUGCUAGAAUCGGCGGUCGUAUUCUAGCGACGGCAACACCUGAAGAACGCGCGUCCGCGGUGCACACAUUGGCCGACUUGUUGAUCUCAAAACAAGCCGAAAUUUUGGAUGCGAAUCAGAAGGAUCUGCAAGAAGCCACCAGGUCAGGACUGGCCAAGCCGUUGCUUUCUAGGUUAUCUCUGACUCCAGCCAAGUUGAAGAAUCUCGCUGUCGGAUUGAAACAGAUCGCCGAUUCUAGUCACAGGAACGUGGGAAGGGUUUUACGAAGAACAAGGUUGGCAGAUGGUCUGGAACUGAAACAGAUCACAGUCCCAAUCGGUGUCUUGAUGGUGAUUUUCGAAUCCAGACCUGAUUCUCUACCCCAAGUAGCUGCCCUAGCUAUCGCUUCUGGAAACGGACUUCUGCUAAAAGGAGGCAAGGAAGCUGCACAUAGCAACAAGGCUCUGAUGGAGUUGGUUACGGAAGCACUAAGCACCAUAGGAGCGAAAAACGCCAUUUCUUUGAUUUCGACAAGGGAAGAAAUCGGUGACCUUUUAUCGAUGGAACAGCAUAUUGACUUAGUUAUUCCAAGAGGAUCCAGCGAUCUGGUGAGAAAUAUUCAGGAACAAAGUAAACAUAUUCCUGUGAUGGGACACGCCGAAGGUAUUUGCCACGUGUACGUAGACAAAGACGCCGAUCUCCAGAAAUCCUUGAAAAUCGUCAGGGACUCGAAAUGUGAUUACCCGGCAGCGUGCAACGCGAUGGAAACCCUGCUCAUCCACCAAGAUCUCAUGGAGGGCGAUUUCUUCUCGGAAGUAUGCAAUAUGUUGAAGAAAGAAAGCGUUAAAAUAUACUCUGGUCCAAGAUUGAAUGAAAUGUUGACGUUUGGUCCACCCCCUGCAAAAACAAUGAAAUACGAAUAUGGAGCCCUGGAAUGUUGUAUUGAAGUCGUCAAGAGUAUGGACGAGGCUGUGAACCACAUUCACACUUUUGGAAGUGGACAUACAGAUGUUAUUUGCACGGAGAACAGAGACGCAGCCAAGGCGUUCCAAGCGAAGGUCGACAGCGCAUGCGUCUUCCACAAUGCCAGUUCCCGAUUUGCGGACGGUUUCCGUUUCGGUCUGGGAGCGGAAGUAGGCAUCAGUACCGCCAGGAUUCACGCCAGAGGUCCUGUUGGAGUCGAGGGUCUUCUCACCACCAAAUGGGUGCUCGAUGGAAUCGACCAUGCUGCAUCUGACUUUUCAGAGACUGGCGGAAGACAGUGGUUGCACGAAACGCUGCCUCUUGACCAAUAGGAGAGUAAAAAUGUGCUCAAAUUGUUGAAUUAUUUAAUAAGGAAUCGUCUACAUACCUUCUUAUUGGUCUAUAAGGUGUUCCAUAUAACUUAGGCUCACAUGAAUGGUCUUGAAAUGUAAACGCAGGCCCUCAAGUGGAGAUUGAAGAUGUGCGUUUCAGAUUUCAUAGUAGGCACGUCUGUUCAAAAUUUUCAGUUUCCAGCAUUUUCAGAAUAUUCAUAAACUUGACAAUUUUAACAAAAAUUUCAGUACAUCUAAAUACUCGACACUUUCAAAACUGUUGAAACAUUCAGAAUCCUCAAAAUGUUUGGUUUUUUAAGGUUAAAAAAAAUUUACGAAAUCUUCUUUGAAGUAUUCAAACAUUUCUUGAAUAUUCAGUAUUUUGAAAUUUGUCAACUUCAGAUUUUCAGUUUCCAACACUUUCAGAAUGUUAUUAACGAUUUUCCAAAUUUGUCAGUACAUUGAGAACUUCGAAAUUCUUGGCAUUUUCAAAACUUUUUAUAUAUUCAGAAUCCUCAAAAUUUCAUAUUUUAUUGAGGUUACCAAAAAUUUAGGAAUUCUAGAAAUAUUUGAAAGUAUUCCAAAUUUAUUGAAAAUUUUAGAAAAUCCUGAAAAAUGGAAAUAUUCAGAAUUUUGAAAAUUGACGAGAAUUUCAUAUUUUCAGGUUCCAACGAUUUUCAAAAUUCUCAGAACAUUGAGAAUUCGGAACCCUCGACAUUUUCCAAAUUUUUGAAACGUUCAGAAUCCUCAAAAUGUUCGAUCGUUUGAAAGUUUUUACAAAUCCUCGAAAUAUUCUAUGAAGAGCUCAAAAUUUUGUGAAAUUUUGGAUAUCUAAAAAGGUUAGAAAACAUUGAACACUUAAAAAAACUUUGUAAUAUUGAUUCUAAAAAAUUCCAAAAACCUAUAGUAAGUCUACUUUGAAGUUUCUCCUCCUUAAAUGUAGGCCUUAAUAUGUAUAGCCUAGAUAAUAAAGGCUAUUAAAAAAAACCUAACUUAUCAACACGGAAGAACAAUUUUGGAGCAAUAUCUACAUAAUUGGCACUUUAUUUAGUAAAAUUAAAAUACGAUUUAAACGUUUUUCAUUUCCAUGUAUAUGAAUAUGUCUUAUAUUUCAUAAAUGACUGAAUUGGAUUUCUUAUUCACACCAAAUAUAUUCCAAAACUGAUAAAUAAUUAAUUUAUUCUGAUCAAAGGCAGAUAACAAAUUAUUAAAUCUAUUUCAAUUUUUAUCAUAUAUUAAUUGCGACAAAAUUGUUUGAAUUGGGACCACUACACCAGCAAAGUUAACUAGAAAUAUAAAAAUUAAUUGUAAAACUAUUUUAGUAGGAAUUAUGUUAUGUUUUUUAUAUGUAAAUAUAUGAUGUGUUAAAUUUUAAAUAUAUUUUUAUAUAAUGAAUCUUUUAUUUUAUUAUCUGAAAAAACUCCUACAAUUUGACACCUAAACGUUUAGCAACCCUGGCUAAAUGUAGUUGAACAGUUGCUUGACUGAAAAUUGUUGCAAAUCCUUGAAAACAAAAAUUGUCAUAUAACAGUAAAUUUGGGCAUCUGCUCAGAAUGGAAUUCUCUUCAAACUCCAAAAGGCAGCACUGAGAUGCUAGACAGUUAUAGAAAAAUCUGAACAUUAUAACUUUUCCUGCUCGAUAUAUUUACCAUUGCUUGAUGGUUGCAAGAAUUUACACAAAUUUCGGCAAAUGAAUAAAUUCACGAAUAUGAUGCGAGGUACAAGGACAACUUGUACCUCAGUACUGGUUAAGCUUGACUCAAAGAAGCAACAUGAACAUGUCUAUGAAACUGUUUAAUUACCGCAGCAAUUAGGAGAGAUUACAAAGGAUACAUUCAAAAAUCAUGUGAAAAACCUUUUAUUGAAGCUGUUGUGUGUUAAUGAAUACCUACCAGAACACACACAUGUUAUUUUUAAUGUAUUAUGAUUGUGUAAUUGUGCGAGUGCUUCAGACAACAUUACAGGACACUUAUAAUGUAUUUAUCUUGUGUAUGUGUUUUAUUAUGAUGUAAUUUACACUUGACGUAUUUUUUUUUGUCAAAUUCAUGAAUGCCUCUCCACCUGUAAUUUGUAUCUCUCGUUUUUUUCCUCUUUAACUGACAAAAUACGUUUUCUUUUAUAUUUAUGCAAAUAAAGAAAGUAAAAACUUUUGGUUGACACUAUAAAAAAAUUCUAUUCAGAUUAUUUUACUUGGCCUAAUUUUGUCCAAAAAUAUCGCAUCCGUAACUUACAGUUACUUAUGAUACUAAAUAUC